UAUUCCUGCAUAUCCUUGUUCCACGAAGGAGUUGCACGCCCUCUCUCUACUUGUAGCCACUGUCCACGAUGGAAGAUCGAUCAGCUUCACUUGCAUUGAGCAUGUUGCAAACACCAUAGUCCCUCCUGCCUAGUAUCUUCCAUCUCAUUCGUUGCUACUUCAUUCUCACGGACAAAGAAGCCUUCUUCUUCUUCUUCUUCUUUAUUGAGCAGCCAUAGAUUACUAGAGUAAACACUAGAUUAACAAGCAUGAUGAGGAAAAUGAGGGAGUGGCAACCAUUUGGUUCUUUCUUCUUCAUCUCUUUUAUGGUGGUCUGCUUCGCCGCGGCGGAGAAGAAAACCUACAUCGUGCAAACCCAACAAGAUUUGAUGCCAACGAGCUUUUCUACUCCUCAGCUCUGGUAUCUAUCAUUGCUUGAGUCAGUGUCUGAUACAAGAGACAGGACAACCAUCAUCUACACCUACACCACCGUCCUCCAAGGCUUCUCCGCUUCACUGACCUCCACGGAAGCGGAGUCCCUAAUGGCGAACCCCAGCAUCCUGGCCGUGCUUCCAGAGAAGGUGUACCAACCAGAUACGACAAGGACACCACACUUUCUCGGCCUCGACGGUGCAGGCGGCUUACUGCAAAGGUCCAACCAAGGAAGCGACGUCAUCAUUGGCGUGGUCGACACAGGCAUUUGGCCUGAGAGCAAGAGCUUCAGCGACCGUGGGCUGGGCCCGGUUCCAUCCAAGUGGAACGGAUCGUGCAUGGCCGGGACAAAUUUUACGACGAGCAGCUGCAACAAGAAGCUGAUCGGUGCCCAGUUCUUUUCUGCGGGCUACGAGGCCGCACUCGGUCCAAUAGAUGAAACGAAGGAAUCAAGGUCACCGCGGGACGACCAAGGCCAUGGAACACACACGGCCAGCACGGCCGGAGGCGCCCCUGUUCCCGGUGCAAGCAUGUUUGGCUAUGCACCUGGAACAGCUCAGGGGAUGGCAACGAAAGCCCGAAUAGCUGUCUACAAGGUGUGCUGGAUCGGGGGCUGCUUUUCGUCGGACAUCCUCGCUGCCAUGGACAUAGCCGUCCGCGACGGAGUGGACAUCUUGUCGCUCUCCCUCGGUGGCCCCGCGAGUCAGUUCUACCUCGACGAAAUGGCCAUCGGUGCCUUUGCUGCCAUGCAACAUGGCAUUUUGAUUUCCUGCUCUGCUGGGAAUUCAGGUCCCUCACCCUCCACUGUCACUAACGUUGCCCCUUGGAUCAUGACCGUGGGGGCAAGCUCCAUAGAUCGUGACUUUCCAUCAUAUGCUGUCUUAGGCAAUCGAAAGAAUUACGUCGGUCAAUCACUCUAUAGUGGCAAGUCCUUGACCAACAAGGCGACGUUGCCCCUAAUUUAUGGUGGCAGCGCCAGCAGCUACUGGAGUGGCAAGUAUUGCCUGAGCGGGUCGCUCAGUUCCGCCAAGGUUGCCGGAAAGAUCGUUCUCUGUGAAAUGGGAUUCACAACUGUGCUUCAAAAGGGCCUUGCUGUGAUGGCAGCAGGUGGCGUUGGGGUUAUCGUGACCGGCGUAGAGGAAGAUGGUUCUCAGCUUCAAGCUCAAGCACACUUCCUCCCGACCGUCACCGUGAGCAGAAAAAAUGGACAGGAGAUCCUUGGAUACAUCCGUUCCAACUCGAGGCCCUUAGCCACCAUCAUGACAGGCAAGACAAGGGUCGGAGUGACACCCUCUCCAGUGGUUGCCAGGUUCUCCUCGCGUGGCCCAAAUUCUAUAACGUCGGAGAUCUUGAAGCCCGAUGUGAUUGCACCCGGCCUGAACAUCCUUGCUGCUUGGUCAGGAAAUAGUGGACCGACCGGAAUGGAUGAAGACAACCGCAGAGUCAACUUCAACAUCAUCUCAGGCACCUCCAUGUCCUGUCCUCACGUGAGCGGACUGGCUGCACUGCUCAAGGGCGCGCAUCCUAACUGGAGCCCAGCAGCCAUCAAGUCGGCCUUGAUGACCACAUCCUACUCUACUUACGCUAAUGGGCAGCCAUUGCUGGACUCUUCCACCGGGAAGCCGUCCUCGCCAUUGGUUCAUGGGGCGGGACAUGUUGCUCCACAAAAAGCGUUGAAUCCAGGCCUCGUGUAUGACAUCACCUCUGAUGACUACCUGAACUUUCUUUGCGGGAUUGGGUACACGGAGCAACAAAUUGCGGCCGUGGCUCGACAGACAUUCACUUGCACGAAGGGCAGAGGUGGCCUGAACUACCCAUCCUUCGUGGUGCAAUUUAGCCCAGCACAGAAAAGCGUCAACUUAACAAGGACGGUGACCAAUGUGGGGGAUCCAUCGUCCAGGUAUUCAGUCUCCGUCUCAUUGCCUUCCUCGGCGACGGCAGUGGUAAAUCCACGGGUGCUCCAAUUCCGGACAGUGGAACAGAAGAUGAGUUACAGUGUCACGUUUACCUCAAGCAUCUCCUUACCACGCGGUACGUCUACAUUUGGGUACUUGGAGUGGUCUGAUGGUAAACACCGAGCUCGCAGCCCCAUUGUCUUCACCUGGAUAUGAGAGACUCUCCCUCUCUCUCAUAUCUCUCUCCAUCUGUGUAGUCUUGUCUGCCUUAGUUUCUCCUCAAUAACUUUCGCCAUGGGUGGGCGACUAUGUGAGUGUUAAGUGAGUUUCCGUCUGUGGUUUCUUUGUUUGAAUUUCGACGUAACAUGCCAACAAUAUGGAGCUUAAUUUAAUAACUUGGCAUAGAUAAAGAGUCAG